UUAUAUUAGACUUGAUUCUGCAUAUGAAAGCCUCGUCAGUUUGGUUACUAUUUGUUUUUUUUUUUUUGUUUUAUUCCUGCGUCUAAAACAUGUAUAAUACUAUAGGAACAUUAUUUAUUCGAAUUAUAUUCUUACAUUCCCAACUAUCACUUGUAUAUAGUGAACUAUGUCGAACCUUACAAAACUUGAAUUUGCGGCCCUUGAUAUUACUGGAAAGAACUAUUUGUCUUGGGUGUUAGACGCUGAAAUUCACCUAGAUGCAAAAGACCUUGGUGAUACAAUCAAAGCAGGCAAUAAAGCAACAAGUCAAAACAAAGCUAAGGCUAUGAUAUUUCUUCGCCACCACCUCCAUGAAGGUCUUAAGAUUGAGUACUUGACUGUGAAAGAUCCACAAGUCCUUUGGAGUAAUCUAAAGGAAAGGUAUGACCACCAGAAAACUGUAAUACUACCCAAAGCUCGUUAUGACUGGUUACAUUUAAGGCUACAAGACUUUAAGUCUGUAAGUGAAUAUAACUCAGCUAUGUUCAGAAUUACUUCACAGUUGAAAUUAUGUGGAGAGAAAAUCACUGAUGCAGAAAUGCUAGAGAAAACAUACACUACCUUUCAUGCGAAUAAUGUUGUCCUGCAGACACAAUACCGUGAAAAGGAAUUUAAGAAAUAUUCUGAACUUAUAUCUUGUCUCCUUGUGGCUGAGCAAAAUAAUGAGCUACUGAUGAAAAAUCAUGAAUCACGUCCAACUGGUUCUGCUCCAUUCCCUGAAGCGAAUGCGACAUCCCAUAAUGGGAAAGAAAAAUAUCAUGCCAACAAUAGUGGACGUGGACGUGGACGUGGACGUGGACAUGGUCGAGGUCGUGGACGUGGACGUGGACGUGGAUACGGAUAUGGUCGAGGCCGAGGCCGAGGCCGAGGUGGUUAUUUCCAGAAUUCAUAUUCCCACCAGAAGGGGGACAAUAAAGAUGAUAACAAACAAGAGAAAAGAUAA